AUGGGGCCUUGUCCACACCUGAGUUCAGCUCCACCAUCAUCAUCUUUCUCCAUGCACACGUUUAUCCUUCUCUGCUGCUUUGGCUUGUUUCUCACCUCUGUGGUUGGCGAGAGUAGUGAGACAGACCGGUUGGCAUUGCUCGACUUCAAAGGCAAGAUUAGUAAAGAUCCUCUCGGGGUCAUGAGCUCUUGGAAUGAUAGCAUCCACUUUUGCCAAUGGAAAGGUGUUUCCUGUGGUCGCCGACAUCAAAGGGUCACUGUGUUGGACCUGCAAUCUCAAAAACUGGUAGGCUCUAUAUCCCCAAAUGUUGGAAAUUUAAGUUUUUUGUGGAAGCUAAACCUUGAAAACAAUAGCUUUUAUAAUGAAAUUCCUCAAGAAAUUGGCCGUUUGCAUAGACUACAAGUCUUGCAAUUGAACAAUAACACAAUAAAUGGAACAAUUCCUAGCAAUAUAUCCAGUUGUGCCAACCUCAUAAUGUUUCAUGCAGCUGUUAAUAAUCUGGUUGGAGAAAUCCCCACAAAGCUUGGCACCUUGUCAAACCUCCAAAUCUUUGCUAUUCAUAAAAAUAGUUUGACCGGAAUAAUCCCAUCUUCUUUUGGAAAUUUAUCAUCUCUAAAAGGCUUAUCUGUAGCUUAUAAUAACCUGGGUGGGAGUAUCCCUGAUUCUUUUUCCCAAUUGACCAAACUUGAAAUCUUUGCUGUGGCAUCAAAUAGGCUGUCUGGUACAAUUCCUCCGUCAUUCUUCAAUAUCUCUUCAAUAACAAAGAUUGAUGUAGGAGUUAACCAAAUCCAAGGGCAUCUUCCAUCAGACAUAGCUAUAACUCUACCAAAUUUAGAAAUAUUUUCCAUCAGCAACAACCAGUUUAUUGGAUCUAUCCCUAUUUCAAUUUCUAGUGCCUCAAAUUUACAUAUACUAAAUUUGGCCGGAAAUAAACUAACUGGAAAAGUUCCUUCUUUAGAGAAGCUAAAUAGAGUGAGGUUGUUUUCCAUUGCUGAAAACCAACUUGGAAAUGGAGGAGCAAAUGACUUGAGUUUUCUCUGUUCUUUGUCAAAUGCUACCAACCUAAGAGAUGUGGAGAUAAAUACCAACAACUUUGGGGGGGAGUUGCCUAAAUGUAUUGGCAACAUCUCAACUACUCUUGCCUUUUUCUAUUUGAAUAAUAAUAAAAUAUCUGGAAAUAUUCCUAGUGUGAUAGGGAACCUGAUUAACCUGGAGGAUAUAGAAAUGUGGAACAAUAAAUUUUCAGGUAACAUCCCCUCUAUACUUGGAAACCUUCAGAAAUUACAAUUUUUGGAUUUAUCUCAAAACAAUUUCAUUGGGAUCAUUCCAUCCUCUCUUGGAAAUUUAACAAAUUUGUUGGAGUUGUAUUUAGGAGACAAUAAUCUUCAGGGAAGCAUCCCUUCAAGUCUAAGUCAAUGCCAAAAUUUGAUAACUUUUCAUCUUCCCCAUAACAAUCUUAGCGGUAUCAUAUCCUCGCAAGUUAUUGGUCUCUCAUUUUCACCAAAUAGCCUUGACUUGUCUGGCAACCAAUUCACUGGUGUCCUUCCCAUGGAAAUAGGAAAUUUGAAAAAUUUAGAACAUUUGGAUAUUUCUGAAAAUAUGUUGUUUGGUAAAAUACCAGCAAGUCUUGCAAGUUGUGUAAAGCUAGAAUUUCUAUCCAUGAGAAGAAACUUUUUCCAAGGAGUUGUUCCUUCAUCUUGGGAAUCAUUAAGAGGUGAGAUACCAACAAAUGGAGUUUUCAAGAAUGCGAGUGCAACUUUGAUUAAGGGAAAUGGUAAGCUUUGUGGGGGCAUACCAAAAAAGAAAAGGAAAGAAAAUGCCUCAAGCAAUUCAAUAAAUUUGUUUUUGGAUGUAUCUUACCAAAGUCUCCUAAAUGCCACAGAUGGAUUCUCUCCUGCUAAUUUAGUUGGUGUGGGCAGUUUUGGGUCAGUGUAUAAAGGAAUUCUAAAUCAAUAUAGACAUACAGUUGCUAUCAAGGUGUUGAACCUUGCACGUCGUGGAGCUUCCAAAAGUUUCAAAGCUGAGUUUGAGUCUUUAAGAAACAUCGAACAUCAAAAUCUUGUAAAGUUACUCACAGCAUAUUCAGGUAUUGAUGAUCAAGGUCAAGAUUUUAAGGCUUUGGUAUACGAGUUCUUUGGCAAUGGCAACCUAGAUGAGUGGAUACAUCCAACUCCAAUAACAAAUGAGUCUUUUGAGAAUCCAAGGAAAUUGAGUCUUAUUCAAAGACUAAAUAUCGCCAUUGAUGUUGCUAGUGCAUUGGAUUAUCUUCAUCAUCAUUGCCAAACACCAAUUGUUCACUGUGACCUCAAGCCUAGCAAUGUUCUUCUUGAUGAUAAAAUGAUUGGACAUGUAAGUGACUUUGGCUUGGCAAAAUUCCUUCAUGCUAUCAUCCAAGAUUCUUCUGCUGAUCAAUCAAGCUCAAUUGGGGUUAGAGGAACAAUUGGUUAUACUCCUCCUGAGUAUGGUAUGGGAAACGAGGUAUCAAUAUAUGGUGAUGUUUAUAGUUAUGGCAUAUUAUUGUUAGAGAUGUUCACGGGAAAAAGGCCUACUAAUAGCAUGUUCCUCAACGGCCUAAAUCUGCGUGACUUUGUUAAAGCAAAUUUACCAGAACGAAUAAUUGACAUCAUAGAUCCUAAUCUUCCCUGGGAAAGACAAGAGGGAGAAAUAAGAAUGAAUGACACUCACAAUGAGGAUCAAAAUGAAAGUCUCAAAAUUCAAGAAUGUUUGAUUUUGAUACUCGAAAUUGGACUUGCUUGUUCCACAGAAGUUCCAAGAGAAAGGAUGGACAUCACUGAUGCUUUAGUUGAAUUGCAUUUAAUUCGACAAAACCUUUUAGAACCUGUAUCCACGGAUAAAGACUUCAAGCUACAGGUGCACUAGACUGAAUGUUGAAGCUCAUUAUUCUAAUACUUUGACAUCAUGUUCGGGUGUAUUUGGCAUUUUUAGCACAUUUGGAGGUAAAUUGGGGAGAUAUGUAAUUUUUUUUUUUUUUUGGUGUUAAAGAAUAUAUUAUUUAUGGUUUGCUAUGUGUAAUGGCCCAAGAGGUCCAAUUAUGUUGUAAAUCCUAAACAUGGCUAACCUUAUUUCCUAGUUUUUAUAUAUAUCUUGCUUAGGAUUCAUU